AUGGAAACGAAACGCUUGGCCAACUGGGUGGCGAUUCUGCUCAGCUUCCUAGCAAUUGGCUUGAUCAGCGCGCAGAAGGACAUCAACACGAACAGCUCAAGGUACAAGGCGGUCGAGUACUGUCGAUCGCGCGGCAUGUUCCUGCUGUCGGUGAGAAAUGCCGAAGAGCGGGAAGCCGUCAUCGAGUAUCUGGACAGUACCGGGUACACGAACACGCACAUAGCAUGGAUAUCUGCAAACGAUCUCGGCGAGGAGGGUGAAUUCCACUGGGCCUCGACGGGGGAGCGCGUAAACUAUCAGAACUGGAGCUAAACAGAACCGAAAAAUUACAAGAUCGACGACUGCACGGGAGAGGAUUGCGCGAUCCUGGAGUACUGGUCUGAUGGUGGGGCCAACUUUAACUACACCUUCAACGAUCGGUUCUUUGGGCGGGAAUAUAUGUUUAUCUGCGAAACGUUGCCUAAAUAAAAUGUCCACGACCCGGUUUUUGUGUGAAGAAUUUUGAG